AUGAACAAUCUAUUCAACCCAAAACCGUAUUUCAACUCCUUCAUCUUAUGUGACACUUCCUCGCAAAAUUGCACUUGCAAAGCAACUUUAAAGGAGGCCAAUAGCAAGAUUGAAGCUGUAGAAAAGGAAUAUAAAGUCGAAGAUCUCGCCCACUAUUUGAGUGAAUAUGGUCUUAUCUACUAUCGCACCCUGGUUGAGGUAAAGUGGCUACUAAAGCUCUCACAGAUUCCUCAAGUAUCUGAGGUUCCAAGCUUUAGCAAUGAAUCCCAAAAGAAAUUACAAGAACUAAUUGAUGGAUUUAGCAAUGGUGAUGCAAGGCAAGUGAAGAAUAUCGAGAGAAUAACUAAUCAUGAUGUGAAAGCAGUCGAGUAUUUUCUUAAAACAAAGUGUCAAGAAGAUCCACAGAUAGCUAAGGUGCUUGAAUUUUUUCAUUUUGGAUGUACAUCAGAAGACAUAAACAAUCUAGCUCAUGGUCUAAUGCUUAAAGAAUCAUUAAACUUGGUUAUUCUUCCAGGGAUGGCAAAAGCCAAUGCUCACAUUCCUAUGCUUUCUCGAACUCAUGGACAGCCAGCUUCACCUACAACUUUGGGAAAGGAAAUGGUGAUAUUUGCUGAAAGAUUAAGCAGAGAAAGACACGAUAUUUCAAAAAGUAGAAAUUUUGGAGAAAUUUGCAAGAGCAUUGCUUACAUUGUUUCUAAAACAACCCUAUUUGUGACGCAGAUUGAAUCUCAUGAUUACAUGGCAAAACUUUUCCAUUCAUUUAUUCGAUUUAAUAACAUCUUGCUUGAUUUUGAUAAAGACAUAUGGGGAUAUAUCUCUGUUGGAUACUUCAAACACUGGUGGAAUCGACUAUGCCUUACAAAGUCAACCCAAUACAUUGACUUUGAAAACAGUGAAGGAAAUCUUGGAAUUGCUAAUGCAAUUUUAGACCAUUUAAGCAUGAAGUUACCUAUCUCCCGUUGGCAGGUGAAUGAAGCUGCCUUAAACAAGGAUCUGGACAACUCAUGGGAGGUUCUUGCUGAACCGAUACAGACAGUGAUGAGAAGAUAUGGUGUUUGA